CAUUCACGAAGAACAAAUCUGAGGAAGGACAGGACGUUCAGACCCAGCCUCCUUAAAAUCCAUCACCCCGACUGGAGGUGUGUUGCAAUUCUCGGGUGCACAUCGUCGGUUCAGCAUCCCGGCUAAGCGUCCGCGAGACGGGGAGCAUCCAUCACCAUGGCUCUCAGGUCGGCGACCACGCUCCUCGGGUACACGCGCCGGAUCCCCAACUAUGCGUGGAAUGCCAUGCUUUCAGUGCAAGGGUCAGCUGCUGUCCGUCAGAAGAGCACCAUCCAGUAUGCGUCUCGUCCUGAUCUUCCGCGGCUGGCGUACCGGAAGCUUCCAGGGAAGAGCCCGGGCGUUCUUUUCCUGCCGGGGUUCGCCUCCAACAUGGGGGGCCAGAAGGCCGAGGCCCUGGAGGAGUUCUGCCAGUCACUCGGACACGCCUACCUAAGGUUUGACUACACCGGCUGCGGCUCGUCGGAGGGCAGCAUGGCGGACUGCACCAUGGGAACCUGGAAGAAGGACGUGCUGUACGUGCUGGACGAGCUGGUGGAGGGGCCCCAGAUUCUGGUUGGCUCCAGCAUGGGGGCGUGGCUUAUGCUGCUGGCCUCCCUGGCCCGUCCAGAGAAAGUCGCCGCCCUGGUGGGCAUCUCCACCGCUGCAGACCACUUAGUCACUGCCUUCAACGCGCUGCCUGUAGAGGCCAAGAAGGAGAUUGAGGAGAAGGGGGCCUGGACCGUGCCCAAUCGGCACGCAGAAGAGGGUCAUGUGACCCUGAGUCUGGACUUCCUGAAGGAGGCGGAGAACCAUCGUGUGCUGCAGAGUCCGCUGCCGAUGGCCUGCCCCGUCCGGCUCAUCCACGGCCUGAAAGACGCCGACGUGCCCUGGCACAUCUCCAUGCAGGUUGCCGAGCGGGUGUUGAGCAACGACGUAGACGUCAUCCUACGGAAACACGGACAGCAUCGCAUGACGGAGAAAGAUGACAUUAAACUCAUCGUGUAUACCAUUGACGACCUCAUCGAUAAACUCACAACUCACUAAAGCUGCGGUCACAGAUGAACCUGCUGGUAGUCUGACCACUCUGGGCGGCGGACAUGUGUACGCAUACAAAAGACUCAAGCCUGCACACACACACACACACACACA